GUGUCGGCAUAGGAACCUCUCUGGCUAGAGUUUGUUGUCGUGUGAAUCAGUAUUCAGUAGCACAUGAACGGCUGGAGAACGACGUCGCGCAUUUCGCUCUGAACACCAAUUUAUCUUAACACCCCAAACGUUCUAGCGUGGAAUAUACCAUUUCUAUUUAAGUUUGGUGACACCGUGGUGGUUUGUGAAUGAAAACAGUUGAAUUGUGUGGAUUUCCUGCGCUAAUGUUGAUCUCAGGGUAAAUUUAUCAACGAUGACCAUGUGGCGAUGACCCUUGGAGCCAACAUGGAUUCUAAGGACACCCAGAUCCACCUGCCGCUUCAGGGUCGAGGCAGCCGGGGGGAGCUGAAUGAGAAGGUCAUGUUUUCCCAGAUAAAGUCUCCACCGAUCUCGGAGCAACUUAACAAUGGACAGCUUACAGGUGGAUCACAAAUAAACCUAUGCAACGGCGGCGCUGGCGCUGCUGCUAUAACCGGCCUGACUCCGAAGAUCCCAAACGGCUAUGGCGACCAAAAGAAGCCGAUGGCGUCUCUUACACACCUUCCGAAGCGGCCUCCAGUCGACAUAGAGUUCUCUGACCUGUCUUACUCGGUCAGUGAAGGCAGAAAGAGGGGUUAUAAGGCGUUGCUCAAAUGUAUCAAUGGAACUUUUCGGUCAAGUGAACUGACUGCAAUUAUGGGUCCUUCAGGAGCCGGGAAGAGUACCCUGAUGAACAUUUUAGCGGGAUAUAAGACAUCAAACGUUAGUGGAUCUAUACUCAUAAAUGGAAAGGAAAGAAACUUACGAAGAUUUAGAAAGCUCUCCUGUUACAUAAUGCAAGACGACUGCCUCCUACCACAUCUCACUGUCAAAGAAGCAAUGCACGUCUCGGCUAACCUUAAACUAGGGAAAGACAUGACAGUAGCCGCCAAGAAGAUUGUCGUCAAGGAAAUUCUAGAAAUGUUAGGGCUAUCCGACGCGAGCGACACGCGGACAAUAAAUCUAUCUGGUGGUCAGAAGAAACGCCUGUCAAUAGCUUUAGAAUUAGUUAACAAUCCACCUGUGAUGUUUUUCGAUGAGCCAACUUCAGGAUUGGAUAGCUCAUCGUGUUUUCAAUGUAUAUCUUUGUUGAAAUCGUUAGCAAGAGGAGGGAGGACAAUAAUAUGUACAAUUCACCAGCCGUCCGCUAGACUCUUCGAGAUGUUUGAUUUUCUGUACACACUGGCAGAAGGACAAUGUAUAUACCAGGGGAAGGUUACUGGAUUAGUUCCGUUUUUAUCGUCAAUGGGCCUGACUUGUCCGAGCUAUCACAACCCUGCAGAUUAUGUAAUGGAAGUGGUGACUGGUGAAUACGGAGAUUGGGUGCACAAGCUGGUGAUGGCGGUGAACAAAGGCAACUGCGGCCGUGGCCAGUCUUCGACAUCAUCAUCUACGUCAUCAGUGCCGCAGAACCUGAACUACAACAAUCAGACUAGGAAGAAUAAUACUGAGAAAGCGGAUCUGGACAUCGUUAUAGAUAAACCUACAUGCACUGUGAUAGACAUGUCCGAACCUCCAUUAAACACGGAAAAGCAGCUCGCAUUGCCAAACGCGACGAACUUAGCUCCAGUUACUUGCACGACCUCUUUACUAGACUCCAGUGAAAGUUUCACUAAGAAACCAAUCAAGGCAGGCUUCCCAACGUCUGGAUGGAAGCAAUUCUGGAUCCUUCUAAAGCGGACCUUCAGAAGUAUACUUCGAGAUCAAACUCUGACGCAUUUAAGGCUGUUUUCACACACAGUCGUGGGCUUGCUCAUUGGAUUCCUGUAUUACGAUAUAGGAACGGAUGCUGCGAAGGUGAUGAGCAAUGCUGGAUGUAUUUUCUUCACUGUGAUGUUCACCAUGUUUACGGCUAUGAUGCCGACUAUUCUUACAUUCCCUACUGAGAUGAGCGUAUUCGUGAGAGAGCAUUUGAAUUACUGGUACUCAUUGAAGUCCUUCUACUUCGCAAAGACCAUGGCAGAUCUACCGUUCCAGAUCGUUUUCAGUGGAGUCUACGUCAUAAUAGUAUACUUCAUGACUGGGCAACCAAUGCAGACGGAUCGGGUUCUGAUGUUUGUCACCAUCAACAUACUCACUGCGUUAGUGGCACAGUCUUUAGGUCUUCUCAUCGGAGCCGCAAUGAAAAUCGAAACAGGCGUGUAUCUCGGCCCCGUCACUACCAUUCCAGUUGUCCUGUUCUCGGGGUUCUUCGUCAACUUCAACGCUAUACCUAAUUACUUACAAUGGCUCACGUACUUAAGUUACGUACGAUACGGAUUCGAAGGUGCCAUGCUAGCGGUGUACGGCUUCGAUAGAGAAAAACUCCACUGCUCAGAAGUGUACUGCCAUUUCAGAAAACCAGAGAAUUUCCUGAAAGAGAUGACGAUGGAUAAUGCAAAUUUCUGGAUCGACGCGGGCGCUUUAUGCGCGUUGUUCGUUUUUAUUAGAGUAAUCUCAUAUUUAGUACUAAGAUUCAAGUUGAAGAUGAUGCAGUAGAUGUUUAGGCACAAAUUUGUGAUGCUUGUAAGGAUGUUGGCAAUGAAUUUUCCACUCAUUGUCAAUGACAUAUACCCAGUGGUUGAACAAAUUUAUCGACUAGUGUUGGCUAGGUAUAUUAGAUUAGGCGUGAAAGUUAGAUUUUUUAAUGAUCGUAAUAUGGUAGAGCCCCAUGGGCUACAUAUGGCAGUCGAUGGGAUGCAUAAAAUGCAUGGGAUAUGGUUUAUUGGAGGUGAUAUAAUCGAUAUCGAUAAUGUCAUUGCGUCUCAGUCUGCAUUCGUCUGGAAUCACGGUAGUGUUGUUGACAAUGAACGAAUUUUUCCAAUUAUAAUGGAUUCUGAUAGUUACAAUAGGUUAUCCGAUCGGGAAUGUAAGGAUUUAGAAGUAGACUCUGCGGUUUAUGUAAUAGCUUUCCACGAAAUACUAGAGAUUAGAGCAUUAUACGUGUUUGUCUAUUUAGUUUUGGUUAUGAAAUGAUAGAUGUUUAUUGAAUGUUUAAAAUCUGCAAUAAGUAUCCUGCUGAUCAAACCUUAUCUUACAUCACAGUUGUUGUUGAAAAUGUCGUACUUAGACCGUUAUACUUGAAUGAUAUAACACUAAAUUGUAAUUAGAUCUAGUAGGUACAUAUUAUUGACAAAAAAUUAGGUGUUGAUGGCGAAUAUAAUAAUGCAUCACAAAUUAUACAUCAACAUUAAAUAUGCCAAUCGGUAUUUCAUAAUUAUCAAGUUCUUUUACCAUCACAAUUCACCUGAUCUAAUCUUAGGCUUCUUCUGUCAAUGCUCAUACGAUUAUGAAUGCAAAAAUUUCUCACAUUCCCGAUAGGAAUUUAUGAUAGUUUUCGAAAUAUUUAGCUUUCUAGGACGCAGGAUAAAUUUAGAUUGUUUAUACGUAAUAUUAGGCAUAGUUAAGGUUUUAUAGGAGAUUGGGCCCAUGACUUUAUAUAAGUUCCUUAUAAUAUUGAUAUUAUUACUUAAUUUCGUUUAUAUAAUGAGUCACGUAGGCGGUUUCCACUCAAUACUUGGACAUUACCUUAUAGGACUUAAAUAGAUCAUUAAAUACCUUUCAUUAUGCUAAAGAUUUGGUAAAUCUCUAUUUAUCCUAAUUACCAGUAUUUAUUAAUAAUAAACGACUGUGAUUUUU